AUGGCUUUAAGAGGAUUUCUUGUGUUUUUGUGUGUCUAUCUGUGUGUACAAAAUGUGAUCUGUCAAUUUGGUUUCUUCAAUCCAAGAGGGAACCGAAAUAAUGGUUUCUUUGGCCAGGAGUACAUGCAACCCAGAAGACCGGACAGGUUUUCUAACUUCUUCAACCUCCAACCAAAACGACCAGUGAUUAAUCCAGAGAAUAACCAAGAUACCAUUUACGUCUAUGAAGUAAGUCCAGGGUCUCAAAACCAAUAUGACUAUAAUGGCAGACCUGUCGUUUUUCCAACAAACCGACCAAUGUAUAACCAGAAUGGUCAGAAUAAUGGAAACGUUAAUUUCCAAAACAACCCUAAUAACGUUAAUUUCCAAAACCCGAAUGGUAAUUUCCAACCUAACCCUAACAAUGGGAAUUUCCAAACAACAGUCCCUUAUGAUGGAGGUUUUCAACCAGCCCCCAAUGAUGGCAGUUUCCAACCAGCACCCAGUGAUGGUAGUUUCCAACCCGGCCCAAGUGACGGUAGCUUUCAACCAGGCCCAAGUGACGGUAGCUUCCAACCAGGCCCCAGUGACGGUAGCUUCCAACCAGGCCCCAGUGACGGUAGCUUCCAACCAGGCCCAAGUGACGGUAGCUUCCAACCAGGCCCCAGUGACGGUAGCUUCAAACCAGACACAAGUGACGGUAGCUUCCAACCAGGCCCCAGUGACGGUAGCUUCCAACCAGGCCCAAGUGACGGGACGGACGACUUCCAACCAAAUAAUGACAAUGAAGUAACCAAUACAAACGAGGAGAAACCCCCACAAAACGGAUCUAACGGCGGUUUCGAGGAUGUGAAUACUACCACUACGCCUAGUCCAGAAGAUGUUGGAGUUACAGCACCAAAUGAUCCAGUGAACUUUGACGAUAUACCGACAUGGAAACCACUAACCCCGGUGCCUACUGUCUCCACGGAAUCAAGGAACAGCUUCAAUUUCCAACAAAAUCCAAAUCAAGGAUUGUUCAAGGAAACCUGUCCAACGGUAGAAGGAGGUCUCGGCACCUGUAUUUCAGUAUACGAGUGCCAGCCCUACAUCAGCGUGCUGCGUGAGUCGAGGACCAACCCUAACGCCGUGCAGCUGCUGAGGAGAGCACAUUGCGGCUUUGAGGGGACUGCUCCGAAGGUAUGCUGUCCACUCCCUGGUUUCCCAGAACCUCAAGUUACUCUCCCCACUACGACCACUACCACUACUACUACCACCACGACUCCAAAACCGACACCAGCGCCAACAGACCCCGCAGCAGCAGCAAAGAUAAGCCCCGAGGACUUUGUUCCUGCACUCCCUGAUCCUCCGAUCUGUGGGUUCAGCAAUGCCUCUCUCGGAAGAGUCGUCGGUGGAGUUGAUGCUGGUUUGGGAGACUUCCCCUGGAUGGCCCUCCUCGGUUACAAAAGCAAAAGGACUGGCACUACCAACUGGCUUUGUGGAGGGUCCCUCAUCAGCUCUCGACAUGUCCUCACCGCUGCCCACUGCAUCCAUAACCAUGAAGAAGAUCUUUACGUAGUUCGACUAGGUGAGCUGGACUUGGCGAAAGAGGACGAGGGUGCAACUCCAUUGGACGUGCUCAUCAAGCAGAAGGUCAAGCACGAGCAGUACAGUGCUACCUCCUUCACCAAUGACAUCGGUAUCCUGAUACUGGAUCAUGAAGUUACUUUCACCGAUUUGAUAAAGCCGAUCUGUAUCCCCAAAGACGAAAAACUAAGAGCAACGACCUUCGAGGACUACAACCCUUUGAUUGCCGGAUGGGGACACACGGAAUUCCGUGGUGCAGCAGCAACACAUCUCCAAGUGUUACAACUGCCAGUUGUAGGCAACGACUUCUGUAUGCAGGCGUACAGCGCCUACAAAGCACAGAAGAUCGACGAGCGUGUGCUCUGCGCGGGGUACAAGCAGGGAGGCAAGGAUGCCUGCCAAGGAGACAGCGGUGGACCUCUAAUGCAGCCUAUCUGGAGUCCAACCUCACACAAGACAUACUUCUACCAGAUAGGAGUGGUCUCCUACGGUAAGAAGUGUGCCGAAGCCAACUUCCCUGGUGUAUACUCCAGGGUCACGCACUUCAUACCCUGGAUCGAACAGCAAGUUCUAGGACGGACCACGACGUGA